AUGGAAGUUGUUGGUGAAAAUUAUCCACCAGCACCUCCCAAAGCUUUAUUAGCUCGUAUUUUAUCUAUAGUUAAAAUGGCUUUACUUGUUUGUCUUCUUUUCGGUCAAAAUCCUUUUACUCUUCUUAAUAUUCCAACACCAGCAGUUUAUUCAUGGGCAUUACAAAAUAAAAUGUAUGCAUGUUUGAUGAUAUUUUUCUUUUCAAACUCAAUAGAGUCAUAUUUAAUUUCAACGGGUGCAUUUGAAAUAUCUAUUAAUGAUGUUCCAUUAUGGUCAAAACUUCAAACUGGUCGUUUACCAUCAGCUAAUGAAUUUGUACAAAUGUUACAAACAUUUGCUACAAAUUCUGAGUUUAAUAAUGUUGGUCGUCAUAAUUUCUAA